GUUCCAGCAGUACUUCUGGGUUGCCUUUUUUUUUACCCCGUUUGCACAGUAUGAGGCCAGUGUUCUGGUGAUGUGCCGGUACCCGGUGGUACAGAAUGGCAGCUAGCAUUACCAGUUAUUAGCACAUGUGCAGAGCCUACCGGUUUGAUGACAGCGCAAACAAAGUAGAGGCUUGUUUGAUGUGAGGAGAAAGUGCAUUUUUCGAGGGAGGCGAAAAUGCCAAGAGCUGAGCUGAGAUACUAGUAGCACUAGUUUGUAAGAAGUUUGCGUCUGAUUUCCAUUUUCCUGCAACCGCUGGCGUACUCGCCGAUUGUUGUGCGUGCCAGCAUGGAGGACAGGCCUUGCUUUCGCAUGCUCACGGUGAAUCUGAAGGAGACAUUGCCCACUGAGUUCGCAGUGAGUUUGAAACGUCACAUUCGUGACCAUUAUCAGGAGAGUCCUGAGUCCUACAACGAUGAGAUUCGCAGUUUGGAAGUGCUUCGGCGCUCUGCCGCUGCGCCGAGCCGCGACUAUUCUGGUUCCAGUUGCAUUCGCCGUUACUAUGGACAGCUUCACCUGCUGCAGGCGCGCUUUCCCAUGAUGCAGGGGGGAUCAGCAGCGUUGCAGUUCUCGUGGACUGACUCGAUCACCGGGAAAAGUAGCUCUGUGGCCGAUAUACGCUUUGAGCAGGCGUCGGUGUUGUACAACGUGGGCGCCCUGCACUCGCUGCUGGGUGCGCACGACACGCGUGGCAGCGAGGAGAGCAAUCGAGUGGCGUGCACGCACUUUCAGUGCGCGGCCGGCGCUUUCGAAGCGUUGUCGGAGCAGUUCGGCGACAUGGGCCAGGCGAGCACGGACAUGUCAGCCAUGAUGCUGCUCGUGCUCAAGUCGGUGAUGCUCGGCCAGGCGCAGGAAUGCCUGCUGGACAAGUCUAUACGCGACAAGCGCAACGCCGGCCUCACUGCCAAGAUGUCGAUACAGAUCGUGGAGUUCUACCAGAUGGCCAACGACAUUCUCAAGCAGCCAAAGUCGCCGGUGAACUUUGGCAAGAAGAACCAGAAGCGCUGGGAAGCCCUCCUGCUGGCGAAGAUCUACUAUUACACGGCGCUGGCGCGUCUCUUCAUGGCAAUGGAGUGCGAGGAGAAGCGAAAGUAUGGGGAGAAAGUCUCCUGGCUUCAGCUGGCCAACGCCUCGUGCACGGAGCUGGGCAAGUCGCCCAAGCAGCUCGGUGAGGACUGGCUGAAGGACGUGGUGGCGUUCCUGGUGGAGCGCAUCGCCCGCUUACUGCAGCAGAGCACCAAGGACAACGAGAGCGUGUACCACGAGCUAGUGCCGCGCUUCGAUUCUCUCCCCGAGGUGGCCAAGAUCACGCUGGUUAAGUCGCUGACGUUCGACCCGACCGACCCGAGCAUUGCCGGACAGGACGUCUUCGCCAAGCUGGUGCCCAUGAGAGCACACGAACAGGCCAGCGUGUACUCUGAGGAGAAAGCCAAGCUGCUGCGGCAAGCCAAUGAAGACGCCAGCGCCAAGGACAGAGAGCUGGCCGAGUUUCUCACCACUAUCGAUCUGGCGGCGCUUGCCAAGGGGAAAGCACUCACCACCGACGAUCUGCUACCGAAUGAUUUACGCCAGGUGGCGGCCAAGAUGAGAGACAAGCCCAACCUGGCCAGGAUGCUGGAGCAAUCCGUGAAGGACAUUGAGGAGAUGUCCACGCACAUUGUGGAGAAUUUUGAGCACAUACGGCGUUCCCUCGAAGAGGAGCAUCUGCUGGAGAAGGAGUUUACCGAGCGCUUUGGUAUAGAACAGACCGACAGUGCUGCCGUCUUGAAGGAGAUAGAAAGCACACUCAAGAAUGACGAGGGCAUGUUUGAGCGUGGCAAUACGGCCACAGCCAGCCUCAAUGACAUGCUGUCUCAGCACCGGCGCUCACUGCAACUGCUCUGCGGUCCAAUGACCAAUCUUCUCAAGGGUUUGCCCGUUGUGAGUGUCAAUGAACUGCCGUUGGAUGAGUCCAUCAUCCAGCGAUUCCGAGAGCUGGAGAGCAAAGUCAAUGAGAUGACAACGCAGCGAAGUACCCUGCUGUCUCGCCUGCAGGACCAGGUGGCCAAAGACAACAUCACUCAGAAGAUCAUUGUGAACGAGACGCGAGACUCGCGUACGCUAUUCGAUGCCGAACUCGCAAAGCACAACGAUUCGCUGGAAUUGCUGCGCAAGAACUUGUCGGCGCAGAAGAACAUUCUGGCUGCAGUGACCGAAGCCAACGCUAACUUUGCUGCCACUCGUCGCCAGUUGACGUCCAAGGACUCUGACCUUUCCAAGAUGCUGGGUGAUCUUCGCGCAGCUCAUGCCGAUGUGGAGCAGAUGCAGCUCCGAGCGACACAGGGCGCUGCCUUCUACAAGCGCUUGGAUUCCCGCACGUCUCAGCUGCGCAAACGCCUUCACGGGACAAGUCAAGCGCGGCGCCGAGAGCGACUCAAUCACCAAGAGAAAGCUGAGCGUGAAGAGUCAUCACCCAGUCAUGCACUCAGCCCAACCAAUCCUGCUGACAUGGCACCAGGCCCUGGCGUGCCCCCGCUACGACCUGGUAUGCCCCACCCGGGCUCUGUGCCCCAGCACAUUCCCCCUGGCGCACAGCAGGCGCCCGGGUCGUCCGGUCCGCCCCGACCCGCCCCGGCCGGUCUCAUGCCCCCGCGGUCCAGCAAGCCGAAGCGGGCCGAUCAGCCCCUGGUCAGCCCGGACAGUAGUGGGGUCCUUCAUCCCGUCGGUUCUUUGCCACCAACAGCAGGAGUAGGCCCUUACCAGUCCAUGGGCCCUGCCGGACUGCUAUCACAGCAAAUGCAGCCCGCUGUGACUCCUCACCCUGGCAUGGUGCCAGGCAGCCUUCCUGCGAGAGCGUACAACCUUGCUGCUACCGGUGUUGAUAUGAACAGCGGUGUUGCAGCUGUAGCAGCAGCAGCAACGCCAACACAGCAGCAUGAGCAACAGCCAUACGCGGGACAUCACGACGGAACAAUCCCCGGUGUAAGCACUGCCGCACCUAGGCACCCAUCAUCGGCCACUGCCUCUGCUCCCAUGAGUAUACCACCAUCAGCAGCAGCAGCGGCGGCAGCAGCAGCGCAGCAGCUCUCAGACCCGGUCAUGGGCGGCGGCGGUGAGUUCCCGGGGGGUUCCCCCGCCAGUCCCUAUAGCAACACGGGCGCGUACCUGCCCGCCGUGCCGGCCGCCGUGGCCGCCCUGGGUGCCCGCUCCGGCCGCCUCGGCUCCUCUCCGGACGUGCUGCCGCGCCUGCCCACGCCCGACGAGCAGAACGCCAUGGCGGCGUUUGAACCGCGCUCCCCGUCGCCGGGGGCGAUGCAGGCCCUGGUCAGCCUGCUGCCGGCCGAAGUGCUGGAGACCGUGCCGGCCGAAGUGCUCGCCGAUCCCAAGAACUUCAACCUGAUUGCGGAACUGGUGGACGCUACGGUUACGGCCACGUCUAAGGCAGAUGACCAGCCGAGUGGUGACGCUGCUCCUCCGAACGUUGCUGCAGCUACGGGCGAGAAGUCGUCAGCGGACGCGCUGUCUGAAUCCACCGCUGCGUCUUCUGUGUCCCGUUUGGUGGACGCGACUGCGGCGACGGCUGGUCUUCAUAGUGGACCUACUGGCAUUGCAACGUCACCUGACGGUGCUGACCAGGCGUCCUCUACGGACGUCACCUCGCCCGGUCAGCAGCCACCGGGUGCUCUUGCCGGAGAUGAUGGCAGCGGUGGUGGUGCAGAUCGCAGUGCAUCCGCCGCGGCGCACGACUCUGCCUCACAGGAGACGGAAGACGAGCGCGAUGUGGACGAGACGUCCAUGGUCAGUAGUGGCGGUGUUGCCGGUGACACACUGGACUCGCACAUAUCCGGUCCGGAGGGUGGUGCAUUGGCUGAUCUCUCUGGCCAACUAUCGCCGCAGCAUGUCGUGUCCCCUGCAAAACAUGUACCCACUGCUAUCUCUGGUAGCUCUGCCGUGCCGGUAAAGACGACAUCAUCACAACCGCCACCACUCGUAUCCAGCUUGGGCGUGACGUCAUCGCAAGCACCCGUGUCUGGUAUGGCCAUCCUGGCACAGCUCCACGUCCUGCUGGAGCGACUCUUUGCCAUUAGCACACUCCAGAGCGAUGGCGCUGGUGCAGGUGCUAAGAGCAUUCUUCACUCGUGUCUCAUCCGCCUGUCAAUGCUGCAGUUCCAGGUGAGCAAUGACCGAGUGCUGGCGUUACAACACCUCGCCACCCUGGAGCUGGAGAUGAACAAUCUUGCAGAGCGUACACGUGCGUCGGCAGAUCAUCAGGCCAGCGAGCAACGUCCGUACUCGAGCUUGAUCGACGACGACGUUGAGCUGCGGCACCUGUUCAACCACAUCAUUGGCCAGGUGCCGUUGGAUGAGGCUGAUGGCGAUGCUACGCCCACUGCUAAUACCACUGAUGCCGGUCAGCCUUCUACCAAUGAUGUAACGGAUGACAUCAUCCUUCCCGAUGUUCCCAUUGAUGACAUCAGUGCUGGUGAUGGCGCUGCUGCUGCUGCUGCACAAGUGAUUUCUAGUAGUAGUGGCGGAGGAGAAGGUGGUGAGCCGAGUGAGGAUGAUAUAGCUCGCAUGCUGCAGUCACUGAUUAGCGCUGCGGACGACGUCCAGGCCACCGUCCGUCGCUCCAUGAGCACCGAGGAAGCGUCGUCGUGUGAUGACGACGGCACAGCAGCAGCCUCAGCAGCGGCUGGGGCUGGUCGUGGUGCGCCUUCGCCUGAUUCGGCGGUGCAGUCCGGUGAUGAAGCGGCGGACGAGGGUAGUGGCGGCAGUGUGUUCAUCCACGGCGGUGAUCUGAGCGAGGGUGAAGGCGAUGGUACGGUUUCCACUGAUGACACACAAUGCCACACCUCGCUGGCUUCUCUGCAGUCAACCUCGUCUAUACCACCGCUAGAACCGUCCGCUCCACCCGCCCCGGACGACCUGGACAUGAGCGAACUGAUUGUGGCGUCCGCCAAAGCAGCAGCGUCAUCCGGUGUUGCCACUGACUCGACGGCCGCUUCCGGUAGUAGUGGUGUUUGCGACGACGCUUCAUCAUCACAUCCUCCAUCAUCGCUGAGUACUACUGCUCCGGUUGCUGCUCGUUCUGAUGGCAUGGCAGGAGAUAGGCAUUCGUCAGCCAUUGAAUGCAGCAGCGAUGUGGAUGCCGCAUCGGCUAUGGACGCAAUCACAGCCGUGUACACUGCACAGUCGGAGUCGAGCGCGGCAAUUAGUACCGUGACAUGCCAGGAUGGCACGGCGGCAGCAGCACCAGCUGCAAUGAGCACUUCAGCUAUUGCUGCUGCCAACGUGGCUACGGCCUCAGCACCAGUCUCACCUCCGCACAGCUCUUCAGCAGCGACAGUUGCGGCUGCAGCUGCGGUAGCAAUUUCGCCAGCAGACCUCCCGGGAGCAGCGUCUUUCCCGCCCGCUAUCCAUCCUGGUGACGGCGCUCCUGUGUACCAGCCACCGGCGGCAAUCGUCCCCGUGGCACGUCAGCCAGAAGGAGCGCAAUCCCCACCACCACCGCAGCCGCUAGCAGCAGCAGCGGCUGUACCCGCUCCAGCACACGCGCACCACGUGGAGGACGAUGACCGUGACGAUGGCCUGGGCGGCGAGGUGCCGGAUGAAGUCGAUUCGUUGCUGGGCAGCGACGACAGUGGAGACAGCGCCGUGGAGACAGAUUCCUCCGACUCUGUUGACGAGCCGAGCAUGGAGUUAGCACAGAGACAAGAGCAGCAGCCCGCCCAGCUCACCCAGGGACAGUUUGAAGCGCUGUCGGCGGAACGGCGCCUUCGUGAUGCGGCCGCCGCUGCCGCCACUGCAACAGCUACCGUAGCUGUCACAGCGGCCGUAACUGGAGGAAGUGCAUCCGCCUCGAUGACGCCAUCUCCGACUAUAUCCCGCUCCAGCCCAGCUGUCGGUUACCCGGCAGCAGUUGCCUUGAGUGCUGCCUUGCCGGAUUCCACUCCCACUGGAACCACCGUUCCCGCUACCUCUGCUCCUGUAGUGACAUCAUCAGGUGAUGUCAGCAUGACGUCAUUGCUGUCGGGCCUCCCUGGCACUGUUGUGGCAGGCAUGGCAGAGGCUGGAUCCGGUGCUGGCAUGAUGUCGUCGCAGUCAGCAAUCUCCAGUGCUAUGACAUCGUCAGUGCCACCAGUACCUAAUCAAGGUGGCACUGGUACUAGUUUGCAUGGCGUAGCAGCAGCAGGACCGCAUACCCAGGGUGCCGUCACUUCACCCAGCACGGCCGCUGUUCUUGGGGCAGUUCCGCCGUCGAGCUCAGCUGUUAGCCAGGCGAUGGCUGGCCUGGGUCUGGCUAGUCAGUCUGUGCAUACGCCCGUCUCUCCUCUAUCGAGUAACAGCAACAGCACUACUAGCCCUAUGCAUAUGCCUAUCACCAGCGUCAGUAGCCCAGCGGCUGCUGCGGCAGUUGUCACCUCGGCACGAUUCACCUCCACGGUGCCCUCGGCUCCCAUCACCGCCGCUGCCAGGCAUCCACCGGCAGCAGCGGUGUCGGCGUCCAGUGGCACCUCCUUUGGCGAUCCCCCGGUGGUUCUGUCUCCAAACUCACCGCCCAUCACCUUGCCGCCAUCGCGUCCGCAGGCCAGCAGCGUCGGUUUGACCACCCCGGCGGCAGUCGUACGUCCCACGUCGGCCGCUGUCAGCCCUCCAGCACCACCAGUAGCAGCACCAGCAGGCGGAGGAAAUCCGGUCGGCGCCGCCGGCACGACCACCGCGGAAGCGACGACAUCAUCGGCGACGUCGUCUCUGUCUCCCGCGCAGGCUGCGCUGCUGGAGAGGCUGCGGCGGCAGAAGCCCAAGACUCUGUCGGCCACCGUCAACCCGUCUUCACAAUCCACUGGUGGCGCCCCCGCCACCGCGAGUGCAGCAUCCACUGCCGCAAGCUUAGUCGGCGCCUCAGCAGCAGCAGUGGCAGCGGCAGCAGCAGUAGGAAAGCCACCCAUGGGACUUCCACCGGGCGUUGGCAUGGCAACCGCGGCACAUCAAGAAGCGCUCGUCGUUGGCAACAUGACACUGGAGAGCAGCGAGCUGCAGAAGCAGCAGCGGCUGCUUGCCGAGCAGGAACGCAAGAUCGCCAGCCAAGCGGCGUCCAUUGUCGAGCUGAAGACCACCCUGCAGCGGCAAGAAGAGCAGCAGAGUCGUCUGCGCCAGCAGCAGCAUGAUGCGCUCAUCAGCCAGCAGCAGUUGCAGCUCAGCCAGCAGCAACAGCAACUGCAGGCUCUGCUGGCGCGGCAGAAGAAGGAGGAGGCGCAGAAGCAGCAGCGCGAGCAGCACGUGGCUACGCUCAUGAAGCAACACCAGGCGCAGCAGGAGCAGAAGCAGCGCCAGAUCCAGCAGAUCUUGCAGCAGCAGCAGGAGCGACAGCUUCAGAUGAUUCGCAGCACGCCUCGCCCCGGCGAUCCAGCGCGCCCUCCCAGGCAAGCAUCGCCUGCAGCCAGGCACCAGCAGCACCAGCAGCAGCAGCAACAGCAAUCUGUAUCGAGUGCGCCAGUCCCUGCACCACCAACAGGUGCGGCUACCGGAAAGCUUCACUCUGUACUGGGAGAUUCCGCACUAUCCCAGUCUCCGUCGGCGAUGGAAUCCCUGAGACAUGAUCCGCGCCACCAUCACAACCAGCAGCAGCAGCGUAGCCAUGCGCAGACGGUCCACAGCACUGCACCACCUACAGCGGCUGCAGCGGGAGGGAUUGCCGCUGCUCGGCCAGGGACUGUCCCUUUGGCCGACCCUGCUGCCAAUCUACUGGCGACACAGCAAGCAGCGCUGGCAACGUUACAACAACAGCUACAGCAAGCCCAGCAGCCCGGUGCUCCGCCUCAGACACCUACAGCUUCCCUCGACACGUCUGUUCUGCAGCAAAUUCAAGCACAGCAGAAGCAGCUUGACUUUCUACGGGCAAAGCUACGAGAGCAGCAGCAGCAGCAACAGACUGCAGUUGCACCAGUUGCGGCUGGAGCAAUGGAUGCCGCAGCCGCCCAACAGCAUGCAUUGCAGUUGCAGCAGAAGCAGCUGGAGACACUGCAAGUACAGAUGGCUGCGGCGCAUCGCACUGCUCCGACGGCGGUGGGGCUGGUGCCUGCCGGUCAUCAUUCCACGCAGGCUGCUCUCGCCACCGCGGCUGGUCCCACCGCUGUCGUCAGUCCAGGCAUGGCUCCUGCUGCUGCUGCUUCUGCAGCGGUGGUGGCAGCCAUUGGAAUGCCUGCACCUGCUGGUGCUGCAGGUACUGUCAGUCCUGCUGCUGCUGCUGCUGCUGCUGCUGCUGGCCUUGGUGGCAUGCAUCAAUUGCAUGAGUACAAGCCUGCAGCAGGGCUACACAUGCCUGCGGCCACAUCAGCACAAGCUGUGCACUUCCAGCAUGCGCGUCCAGCACACCCGGCUGCCUUGCAGCCUCAGCCAGCAGGAGCCCCUGCAGCUCCGCAGCCGCAGAUUCCUGCCAGCGCCACAGCCCCGUCGCAGUCAUUGUACCCGUCCCAACAACAGCCUCAUGUAGCUGCUCUGCAUCCCCACUAUCAGCAGCACCAACACCAUCAGCCGCAGCAGCAGCAUCCACAAAUGCACGCUGCACACGCGAUGCCCAUGCCUGCUGCUGCGCACCACGGCAGUGGUGCGGGCCUUCCCCCAUCACAGCCAGUACCGCCAGUGCUUCAGCCAGUCCAGCAGCCACAUCAACAGCAUGCGGUGGGAGCUGGUGUGCCAUCGAUACCUGGAGGUGCAGCAGCUCACCCUGGCAGCAAUGCAACCAUAUUGCCUGAGCCGCUGAAACCGGAGAAGAUCACAGUGACGUCGCACAGUUUGCUGGACGCGCCCAUACCGAACGCGGCAGGCGUUGUCAGCGACGCCAUGAGCAACGUGGCUACGCUGGCCGGCACUGUCGACGCCACGAAGACAUCGUUCGUGCUGGAUCUGCCGAGCUCUCCGGGACCAGUAGCUGCCGCAGCCGUUGUCCCUCAGCACACACCCACACUGGACGCGGCGCUCACCUCCACCUCCUCCAUCCAGCUGCAGCACCUUCAGGCGGAGAAGUUGCGCGAGCAACAGCGCCAGCAGCAGCAGGAGCAGGAGAACCACCGUCUGCAGGAGGAGCUGCGGCGUCGCGACGAACAACUGCGCGAAAAGCAACGAGAGCUGGAGCUUCAGCACCAGAAACAGCUCGAACAGAAGGCCCAGCAGCAGCGGCUGCAGCGAAAACUGCACGAAGAGGAGGCUCAGAAGCAGAAGCUUAUCCAACAGCAGCUUGAUGACCAGCAGAAACAGCUGCAGCAGCAACUUCAGCAGCAGCAGAUGGUACCCCAGGCCUCAUUCGCUCCCGCUGGUGUUUCCGUGCAGCCGCUCAGUUCAGGUCGAGGUGCAAGUCAGGGCACUGUUCCUCAAAGCAUGGGCAAUUUGCCCCCGGCUGGUCCUGCCACUGCAGCGGAUACACAGUACCAGGGUAUGACCCCAAGUCAAGGUCAAAUUCUCCAGCAGCACCACCAGCAACACCAGCAGUCAGUCAUGGCUAAGCCAGCGGCGCUGACACCAUCCCAGCCACAACAGCAGCCAGCCAGGAUGACGUCGGCGGCUGGUCCUGCAUCAGCUGCUGCGACACCGGUACCUCUGAACCAGUUUAGCGCUAAUCCGGCCGGCGGUCCGGCACCUUCCCAACAACCCCUCCACCAUUCCCAGCAGACACAGUAUCCCGCUACAGGCAACAUGCCCGGGCAGCAGCAACAACAGCAGCAGAGUCAGUAUGCUAUGCGUGCACAACACCCUAACCAGCAACCACAGCAGCUGCAACAACAACAACAACAAAAACAACAACAACAACAACAACAGCAGCAGCAACAACAGCAGCAACGAGCCCAAUUGGUUGUUAGUCAGCCGAGACCGCAGACGCAGGCAAUGCAGCAGCCCUUGCAAUCCCCUCAUGCCCAACCACUCCACCCACCUCACCAACAGUUGCAAGGGCCGAGUCAACAGCAGCAACCACAGCAGAGAAUGCCAGGCCAUGUGCAGUUGCAUCCACAGCAACAGCAGCAGCAGCAACAGCAGCAGCAGCAGCAGCAGCAGCAACAGCAGCAGCAGCAACAGCUGCAAGCCCAGCAGAGACAGGUUCGACCACAACUACCUCCACAGCAGCAGCAGCAGCAAGCACAAAGACCCCAGCUACCUGCGCAGUCACAAGGUCCGGCUCAGGCUGGAAUGGGUGCAAGCUCUGCUCAUUUGCCGUAUGGCUCGUCACCAGCCGGUAUCCAGCAGCUGCCUCAGCAACAAGUGCAACAACCGCAGCAGCAGCAGCAAUUGAGGUACUCGAAUCCUGCUCACGUCCAACAAAAUCAGCAACCAGCGCAACACCAACAGCAGCAGCAGCAGCAGCAGCAGCCACCGCAUGCACAGCAGCAGCACCAGACACAGUACAGUGCAGCGAGCCAUGCACAGGCACAGCCAGCUGCACACCAGAGUAUGACAGGAGCAGUGAGGAUGCCAACACAGUAUUCACAGCAGCAGCAGGUGCAACACCGUGCCCCGACGGCAACGCAGCCUCAAGCUGGGCCAGUCCUGGCGCAUAGCGCUGCCUUCAUCCCCAGUUCUCAACAACGCUUUGCCUCUCCACCACCACAGCAGCAGCAGCAACAGCAGCAGCAGCAACAGCAGCAACAGCAACAGCAGCAGUCACAUGUGAUGGCUGGGCCUGGUGGAUCACAAGUGCGAACGCACACCAUGGCCAACCCUGCUGCUGCUGCCCUGCAAACUGCACACCCGCAGCUACAGCAGCAGGGCCAACCACAGUUUCCCUUGCCGCCGCAGCAGCAACAGCAAUACCACCAGCAGCAGCAGCAGCAGCAGCAGAGACCUGGUACUUAUGUACAGCCCCGGUACCCUGCACCAAGGUAGAUGGAGGUGCCGUUGACUACAUUGCUUGAUGUAACUAGCUAACUUCGGUACCCUGCACCAAGGUAGACGGAGGUGUCAUUGACUAUACUAUAUUGCUUGAUGUAAUUAGCUAACUUGUGCCUCCGCUUUGCCUGCCCUUGAUCCUUACAAUUUUUUCCUGGUGGGCUGGAAGCUUUCCCAAUAGGCACGCAGGCUACGUGGAGUGCCAUCGCACGUACAUGUAUGCUACUAGAGCAGCAUCACCACCACCACCACCGCCACCGCCGUAACAUGCUCCCCCCCCCCCCACGCUGUUGAUUUUAUAUCCAUGUCUCGCUGUUUCUCAGCCCACGUUUUAACCGCGCACACACGUUGACGCGGUGCAGCGUCUGUGCGUACCCGUGUGUCUCUGCUUCUCCGUCUUCCCCACACUGGCUGUGCGCGGCUGCUGCUUGCAUGCUGCGACCGUGUGUCUUCGGUCCCCUCGUGCGUUGUGCUGUGAGCUGUGCCACGCACUGGGCUGCUUUGGUCCGCAUAUUGUGUUCUUGUCUGCUCAGCGUACUCCGUACAAUGGCCGCCCGAUGGCCAAUGCACCAAGUCACCAUUGCACAUAUCCUAAUAACCCUGUGUUUUGUUUUUUGUUUGUUUCCCAAUUUGCGAUGUUUUCGUUACCGUAGCGUCUAGUGGUCAUGCUUUGGUAGUAACUAGCUUUUUUCUUCUCUCUUUUGCCCCCCCCCCCCCCCCCCCCCCGUCCGCGCACAGCUACAUGUAUUGCCAGUUUCAAGUACGCACAUGCAGCACCCCAUUCACCUGUUAUAGAUCCAUACGUGUGGCGGGCACUCCUACUCCAGGGGCUGUGCUAAACGGCCGUUCCAUUCUCUGCACCAGUCGUGGACAGUUGCAGUUUACAACACCCUGUUUCUGAUCGGCAGUUCUAUAAUUAUUUUAGCAUUGUUCGUAUUCGUGUGAAUGUGCCUCGUACUCAAACUCCUUCCUUACUCUUUUUGCCAGUUUGACAUUGCAUUUUUAACUCAGCUAACUACCCCAGCACAACCACCCUUCAUUUUUAACGUACUUGUUUUUUGUUUUUAAAUCUUGUCCAUAUCGGCUGUCUUGCAUUACAUGAUGGUACUGCUGUUGAAAGUCA